GCAGGACUUCGAGAAGCAGAAGAGCCAGGACAGCGACCAGCAGGACCGCAUCAUCAAGGAGAAGGACCUGGCCCUCAAGCAGCACCAGGAGACCUUGGCCCAGCUCGAGCGGGACGCGGACCGGGAGAUCGAGGAGCUGAAAGAGAUGUACGAGCAGAGGCUGGCGCAGGAAAAGGACGAGAAGGUGCGCCUGCGAGGCCAGGCCGGCAUCCACAAGAAGCACAAGGAGACCCUGGAGCGGAGGAUGGAGGCCGAGCAGGAGAAGGUCAAGAGGGAGGAGGAGAAGAACAAGAAGGCCGAGGAGAAGAUCCACACGCUCAUGAAGGACAAAGACUCCAACGAGAAGGAGAUCAAGGAGCGCGACAAGACGAUUGCGGACAAGGAGCAGCGGAUCAGUGACCUGAAGAAGCAGAACCAGGAGCUCGAAAAGUUCAAGUUUGUGCUCGACUACAAGAUCAAGGAGCUCAAGGCGCAGAUCGACCCGAAGACGGCGGACAUCUCCUCCAUGAAGCAGCAGACGCAGGCCAUGGACGACGAACUCAGCGACUACAUGCGAAAGAACAAGCAGCGGGAGCUAGAGAUCUCCCAGCUACAGAUGAAGCAGCGGGCCCUGCAGGAGGAGAUCAAGGCGCAGAAGCGCAGGCUGGCCGACGACCUGUCCCUCAUCAAGAGGUUCAAGCUCGACCUGAGCGACACCAUGGAGACGGUCACCGACCAGAAGCUCCUGAAGGAGAGUGUCACAGGGCUGUACCGCAAGUACGUACAGGCCGGAGGUAAGAAAUUGGAUCUGAACACGGACAUGCAGAAGGAGUACAACCGCCAGCGCGACUACCUCGAGAAGUCUGUGGACUCGCUGAAGCGGAAGCUGGAGAAGGAUAGCGAGGCCCACCGCAUCGACAACACGCGCAUCAUGCAGGAGAACGUUUCGCUGAUCCGCGAGAUCAACGACCUGCGGCGCGAGAUCAACUCGCUGAAGCACGAGCGGACGGCGCAGGAGCUGCAGGCGAUGGACGCCGCCGGCAGGAGCCCGUCCGCGGCGCAGCACGCGAACCAGACGCUGGCGAUGCAGCGGGACGAGAUUGCGGAGCUCACGCGGCAGCUGCUGGACCUGGAGGCCUCCGCGCCCGGUGGGCUCGGCGCGACGACGGCCAUUCAGGACAGCGCCGCGCCCGGGCAGCUCGUGGCCGCGGACGCCGCGGACGCCACCCUGCUGCCCCAGGCGGCCUCGGCGGAGUCCGUGGCAGAGCCCCCCGUGGAGGAGCCCCCGGCGGACCGCCCCGUGCCGGAGCCCCUCGAGGGGCCCGCGGCGUCGCUGCAGGAGCG